UUAACACAGGGUUAGGGGCCGGAGCCGCGCGGUGCGUCGUCAUGCGGAUGACGCAAUGCCCUACGGCGGCUCACGUGGUCGGCGUGUUCCACUGACUCGAAGCGACCACCGCUCGCGAACCCCUCGUUUUGACCCAAAAUGGCAGAGGCUUUCACCCUAUUUCUUCUGACUGGGAUGCUGCUGUGUGGGCUGCUGCUCCACACGGUGUCCCAGCAUAGAGCCGGGGUUGAUGGGCCCAGUAAGAGGCCCAAUUUCAUCAUCAUACUGGCAGACGACAUAGGCUGGGGUGACCUGGAUGCUAACCUGCCCGAAGAGAAGGCAAACAACACUCCUCACCUUAACCUGUUGGCCGAGCAAGGACUAAAAUUAACCGAUUUCCAUUCCCCAGCCUCAACCUGCUCCCCAUCCCGUGCUGCCAUCCUGACAGGCCGCUACGGCCUAAGAAAUGGAGUGACGCAUAACUUUGCGGUGGACUCUGUGGCAGGUCUGCCCCUUUCUGAGGUCACAUUGCCUCAGCUGCUACAGAAAGCGGGAUAUUACACCGCCAUGAUCGGUAAAUGGCACUUGGGCCACAACGGACCAUACGGUCCAACCAACAGAGCAUUUCCAUUUGUCUCCUGUACAGGUUUUGACUACUACUUAGGUAUUCCUUACAGUAAUGACAUGGGCUGUACUGACAUACCAGGAUAUAACCUCCCCCACUGCCCCCCCUGUGACACAUCUGGACCACAAGUGUUCAGGUUGAAGAGAAGUGUACACGGAGGCUGUUAUUCCAAAGUUGGCCUUCCUCUGAUUGAAUACAGCAGUAUUGUGGAGCAGCCACUUGACCUAUGGACACUAACGGAGCAAUACAAAUCUGCUGCGACUGGGAUUAUACAAAAUGCAAGGAAGCGGGGGCAGCCCUAUCUGCUUUACAUAGCGUUGGCUCACAUGCACGUCCCCCUGGCCCCUCCACUCCCGCCUGAUGCCACCGCUCACCACCCAAAUGAGGGCAGAGUGUACAGUGCCAGUCUGCAGGAGAUGGACAGUCUGGUGGGGGCAGUAAAGAGCACUUCUGAUGACACAGACAAAAACAAUACUCUCAUCUGGUUCACCGGUGACAAUGGUCCUUGGGAACAGAAGUGCCAGUACGCAGGAAGUGUGGGACCUUUCAUGGGAAAGUGGCAGACCAGCAGAGGUGGAGGCUCAGCAAAGCGGACCACCUGGGAAGGAGGUCACAGGGUGCCAACAGUGGCCUAUUGGCCUGGCAAGGUUCCUGCAAACACCACCAGCUCUGCCCUGCUCAGUGGUAUGGACAUCUUCCCAACUCUUCUGUCUCUGGCAGGGGUAACUCCUCCCGCAGGCAGACGUUACGAUGGCAUCGAUGCCACAAAUGUCCUCCUGCAUGGUGAACAGAACGGCCAUGAGGUUCUUUUCCAUCCUAACAGUGGUGCAGCGGGGAGGUUUGGUGACCUGCAGACAGUUCGAACAGGGAAACACAAAGCUUUCUACAUCACAGGUGCAGCUACAGCAUGUGGUGGUGCAACAGGGAGGCAGCAGCUCCACGACGCACCGUUGAUAUUUGACCUUGAGUGCGACGAGGCCGAGGAAACACCCCUGGAUGCGAGGACACCCGAAUACCAGACGGUAGCAAAGAGGAUUGCCCGCAGGAGGGAGGAGAUCUUAUGGGACAUUACCACUGACACGUCUGUGUCCACAGCCGACUACAGCACAGACGAGUUGGCAGCGCCCUGCUGUGACCCGAGACUGGCCGUUUGCCGCUGCCACCCGCUGGGCCGGGGAUGGGAACCCGCUCCCAGGAACACUCACACAAAGCGGCAAAAGAGAAGCACGUAGAUGUAAGAAAACAAAAACAUGAAGAAAGAUCUCCUUUGGAUGUGCUCAGCUGUUUGUUUGUAGCGGUUUGGGAGGUUCAAUGUCCAGAUGCAGCAGGAGACGCGCAAACAAGCACAGAGAGCAAAUAGAAACAGGACGCCGAACUUCGGCCAGGUGGAAGAGAAAAGAUCAGGGUCAGGUAGUUCUCUGUAAGGUCAAUAAUACACGGAAAAUAACAUCUAUCAAAACAUAAAAUAUUUAAGACAUGCUACUUACGUAUCAUUUUGUUGCAAGUGAAUUAAUCAUAAACCACCAUCCACAGUUUGUUGAACAAUUGAAUGUUCAUGGUACAAAAACAUAUCUUUUCUUUUUUGACAUUUGAUGAGAUUUAUUACUGGACUUUAUAUCACAAUUUCAUAUAUGCUAUUUUAAAUCAUAAGCAGACAGUGCAGAGGUUGAAUCGCUUCUUGGCUUUAAUGUGUCUCUGUGGUGAAUGUCCCGUACUGAGCAGGUCAAUGUGGGCGUAACAAUGUCCUAACAUUGCCACCUGUUGGCGAAAUUUUAUUACCAUAUUACUUAUUACAACAGAACUUUAUAUAAAUGUUAUAUAUAUAUAUACACAUUAUACACAAAGUAAAAAUCCUCAAUAUAUAUAUUUAGGCAUGGUAAGUCUAUGCAUUGAUGUGUAAUACUUUUAACAUUUUGCAAAAUAAUAUUUCAUACGUCAAAGUAAAAAUGAGCAGGACAUGUUAACAUAAUAUUAAGCAUCAUGUCUUGAAAAUAAAAAGGUCUUCAGGACAUCACUGAAA